AUGACAUCAAUUAAGCUCAUCACCCUCGUGGCCAGCGUGGUAUUCACAGGCGCCAACGCCGCAUGCGCCUCAACUACUAUUGCCCCUCCCAAGCCUACCGCAACAGCCCCUUGCGUCUCUCCCAAUGCCAUGUGUGGUGUGGAGGCAGCGUGGAGUGGAGGCGCCUUCGGCUACAAAGAGGACCUCGCUACCCCCGAGCAGUGUCUCGAGUUCUGUAACGCCAAGCGAACUUGGGGAGAAUGUGUCGCCUUUUCGUUUUCAGACAUAGGAAGAUGCUGGAUUCAUAAUAUUCCAGCCUCAGAGGUCACUGUUGCGCGACCAGGGAGUGGAUACUGGAUCUGGGACAAGGAGUGCUGGGAGUGCGCCGAGCUCGGUCCCAUCAGCGAUGUCCCUACCCGGACAACCUCUGCAACGACCGCCACGGAGACUUGCCUAUCACCUACUGCUAAGUGCGAGAUCGAGGCCAGUUUCGUAGGCGAUGGAGAUGUCAGGUCUUGGGGGACUUAUCAUGGCUUUCCCGGUGGCGAUGACGGCCCUUUUGGUUGCUGGGAGGUGUGUACCGAUGCCCGCAGGCCGCCGCGCUGCAAGUCGUUCAGUUGGAAUCCUGUCACGGGCAUCUGCCAAUUUUACAACUUUACGUUCGAUCAGUCUCACGCACCUGCGCCAGGAAGUGGUCUCUGGGCAUGGGACAUAGAUUGCUGGACGUGUGGUGUCAGUGGAUACAUGUGA